AUGCCGUCGUCCGCGUUCCUCCCGCGCCCCACGUCCACGCUCGGGGGGCAGGGGAGGCACCCCGCGCACGCGGGGCGCCGCUCGCGGUCCAGCCUCGACAGCCUCGCCCCCCACGCGCACCACCACGCCUCGCCCGCCACGCACCACGGCCUCGCGGCGCACCACGGCGCCCCCGUCCCCGGGCGCUCCUCGGCGCACACCACCCAGGGCCGCUCCCCCUCCGCCGGCCGCGCGCUCGGCAACUUCUCCGCGCACCAGAGGGACCAGAGCGUCCCUGCGGCCGCCGGCGCGGCGCCCGUGCUCGAGGACUGGCACGUCAUGUGGCCGGAGAGCCUCGUAAAGGGCGUUAGGUCAGUCAUGGGCAGCGUCGACGAGGAGCCCGUCGGGACCGCCGAGGAGGCCCCGUCGUGCCCCUAUUUCGGGCCCAUCGACCAGCUCAGCAAGCGGGACAUGGAGUCGCUGUACCUCAAGGCCCGCGACGCCUACCAGGAUGGCACCAGCAUCAUCGGGGACGGCACGUACGACGACCUCGAGCUCCGCCUCCGCCAGCUCAAGUCGCCGGUCGUGCGCAAGUACCCGCGGUGCAGCCUGCGGCGCAACCGCCCGAUGUACAGCGACUGCGACGUCGACCAGGUCCAGGGCGUGGCGAUGUGGGCCGUGUGGGGCGCGGUCAUGGCCUUUGGGCUCACCGUCGCGCUCGGGCCGCUCGCGUUCGCGGCCACGACGUACCUCGGCCUCGGCGCCGACGUCGCCGACACCCUCGAGCCGGCGCUCCACUCGGGGCUCGACCGCGCGCUCCUGGGCGCCUCGUCGAUGCUGGGCGUGGCCGUGGGGAUGCCCAUCGUGGGCACCGCGCGCAGCUACAUGCAGAAGCUGCGCGACGGCAGCACGUUCGCGGUCUCGGGGCACUGCCCGAGCUGCGGCGAGGAGGUGUACGGCUUCGUCGAGGCGCCGAAGCCCUCCAACGCCGAGCGCGCGGCGGCGUCGGCGAUGGCGCGCGCGGCGCGCGUGGGCGCGCGCGGGGAGGACGACAGGGUCUUCGUGCGCGAGCAGUGCGAGUGCCACGUGUGCUCGCACCCGCUCGAGCUGCGCGUGUUCAUCAUGGACCGCACCGAGGGGCUGGACGCGCGGCGGCGCGGGCCGCACCACAAGUGGGCGUACGGGCGCAUCUACGCGCGCACGCGCGCGUCGGACCUCGCGCCGCGGCCCGUCGAGUCGCGCAAGUGA